CACUGUUUGGAGUUCCCACUCCUACUUAAAUUUUGGUGACGAAUUCUUCUUUUGUGAACGGGAUGGCCGUAGGAUAGUUUCAGAAAAAAUACCAGAGCUUGUGAAUAUUGUCGACCAAACUCUAGCCAAGCGGCAUGAACAGAAGGUUUCCGUACAAAAAUUUUGGCUAAAUUUACCAUCCUUUCAUCAUAUCAACUUAUCUCAAGUUCAUGAUUGGGUUAAGACCCUUGUCGCGAGUAACAUUAAGGAAUUGAUUUUAAAUGUUGAUGGAAUUGUUAACAAUUUCAACAGCUUGACUGAAGAAUUCUUUGCUGCCGAGAAACUAAAUGUUCUUGAUAUACAGGGAUUUAAUCUUGAAUUGCCCCUUGAGCAGGGCAUAAAGUUUCCAUAUUUGCAAAAGGUAAGUCUCUCUGAUACACAUUUUGACGAACAUUUUGUUCAAGCUUUAUGUGCAAGUUGCAGUGCUUUAGAGGAUUUAAGGUUAGCUAGUUGUCAGGGACUAGGCAGUUUACAAAUCGCAAGGAAUUUACUAAAACUAAAGACGGUUUUGCUAUGUUGUCUUGCUGAACUAACGAUGGUUGAUAUUGUAGCACCAAAUCUUGAAAAUCUUUACAUUGAAAGUUGUCGUUGGAUGCUACAAGUAGUUAAAAUAACUUGUGGAAAAACCUUGAAGUAUUUGUGUCUCGUCAAUUUGUUUGUCACUGAUGGAUGGCUAAAAGACCUUCUUUGUAAUCAACCCAACCUUGAAGAAUUUCACUUAAGGGGUUGCUUAAAAUUGCAGAAAGUCAAGAUCUCAAGUGACCGACUCAAGUAUCUUUCACUAUCACGGUGCUUAGACUUGAUUGACAUUGAAUUGCAUACUCCUAAUUUAACUAGCUUCACAUAUGAGUGUAGUGUUAAAUUGCCAACAUUCAAACUUAUGAAAGCUUCAGUUUUGCUAGAACUUGUACUCGAAUUCUGCGUAGGUGGAGAUAAAUUUGAUAGUCAUUGGUACUGUAUGCUCAUGAAAUUUCUUGGAAACUUCAAGCAAUCGAAGUCUAUUAAUUUACAAUGUUUGUUCCCGCGUGGAAUAGUUAUACCAAAAGACAUGAGAAAAAACUCAGAUCCUCCGCUCUUUGGUACUAUUGCUACCUUGCAUAUAGAAUACGGAUUUUUGGUGAAUUGCUCACUUGACAUUGUUGAUAGUUUUCUUUGGAUUUCUCCUCAACUCAACACCUUAACUUUUGUCCGGGAUUCGGACUUAAGCUGUACCUUGAAGUUUAUAUAUGAAGAUGCGUCAGCUGAAGAUGAGAAAACUUUUCGGAGUCAUAAGUUAAAGGAAGUCGAAAUGGAAAACUUUACAUGUAUGGAGCAACAGGAGUUGAGAAAUUAUCUUUUCACAAAUGAAGAUCACAUCGGUGAAGAAGCGUCCAUUGUCUAAUAGAUCGGACAGAGGUCUUCCAAAGCUUUGGUUGUCCAAACUUUUUUGAGAAUGAAAUGAUACUCAUGGAGUGUGCUUGUGAUUACUGUACAAGCAAAGAGUUGCAUUUACUCGUGAACGAUGAUGAAGAGGCUAUAGAAGAUAUCGAGAAGUUGUUGUUGGUUAUUAUGCUAUUUGGUGCACUCAAGGAAGUCGAGCUAAUGCUUGAAGGUUCUGUUGAAGUUUCAAUUCCUCCCGUCCCGUUUUCCUUUUCCUGUUCUGUUUAGAUUGACUGUGUUUUCCCUUACUUUUUGUAUGCUAUGUUUCUUGGAUUGUUGCCUCAUCCAUGUCGGAUCCUCCAAAAAUGCAACAUAACUUGUAUGUUGUCUGCAUUAUGUUUCUUGAAAUGAACUAUUCCGAUUUCAAGUCUCUAUCUUUCGAAAUUACUGUUCUGAUACAUUUCAUGUAUGUGAUAUUUACUUAUAUUUAUAACAAAUUAAGAACUUUGCUUUGUGCAA